AUGCAGACGGCGAAGGUGAAGGCGAAGGACAUGGUGAGCGAGGCGAAGGAGAAGGCGAAGGAGGCGGCGGCAAAGAUGCAGGGCAAGACGGGCGAGGCGACGGCGGCCACGCACGGCGAGAAGGAGAUGGCCAAGGAGGCGGCCCGCGUCAAGAAGGACCAGGCCAGCGCCGACAAGCACCAGGAGAAGGUUGAGCACCGCGCGGACGCCGCCACGACUGGCCGCCACGGCGCCGGCGCGGCCGUCGACCCCGCGUACCCGUCCGCCGGCAGCACGUACCCGGCGUCGGGCAAGUACAUCUAG